CCCACAAAUUAAACACCUUCUUCUUCCUCGCUAAAACCCCCAAAUUGCACAGCUUGAAAUACCCAGAAAUUUGCUGCUUCUUUUUACUCAUACGAGCCCUCCACUUCUCCUCCCUUCAAUGCGACGGUGAUAGCCAACCGGCGACGGAGAACGGCAGCACGUUUUGGCGGUUCUAUACCUUCGGGCUUCGGGUGCAACGGCUCAUCAAGUCGUUUCAGUAGCGAAGCAUACCCUAGUUGAAAGCGAAAACAAAAACAACUUUCCAGAAAAAGAAUGAAGUUUUCGAAAUCCUCAAUCCAAUUCCGAUCCUUAAAACCCCCGAUUUUCAAAAUCAAUCACUUCUCAUCAUCUCAGACCCAGACAAACCAACUUGACAAUGUUGGUCCAAUGGCUUCUCUCCUUAAAACCCGAUCCGUGGUCCGGUUCAGAGGCCCCGACACAAUCAAGUUCUUACAAGGCUUACUGACAAACGACAUCCGCAAGUUUCAUGAGCCCGUCGGUGAUGAGAAAUCAAGCCUGGUUACCCCUAAUCUCCCCGCUUCCUCCGCUCGCUCUCUCUACGCCGCCAUGUUGACGCCGCAAGGGAGGUUUUUAUACGAUAUGUUUCUCUACGAGCCGCCCAGAUCCGAUGAGAAGCUCGACCCGAGUGGGUCCAGACCCGGAACUGAACCCAAACAAGAUGAGGUGGAGCUGCUUGCUGAUGUCGAUUCUUCUGUGUUGGACGAAUUGGUGGACGCCCUAAAGAAAUAUAGAUUGAGGUCGAAGGUUGAUAUAGAGAAUGUGGGAGAGUCGUUGUGUUGUUGGCAGAGAUAUGGUGUGGAUCUUCAUAAGAGGCAGCCUUCAUCUUCCUCUUUAGAAGAUCCUGAAUCUGCUUCUGUGGGCUGGGGUGGUGCUAUGGACCCAACUGGAAGCUCGUCUUCACAGGGAAACAGCAACGGCUGGCAGUGGCACAAAGAUCCCCGAUUGGAUUGCUUAGGCUUUCGGGGAAUCUUUCCAUCAAAUACAACACCACCUAUGGUGGAGGCUAAUACAGAAACAGAAGAAGAAAACUACCUUUUAUGGAGAUUAGAGAAGGGAGUUGCAGAAGGGUCGAUUGAGAUCCCAAAAGGUGAGGCAAUCCCGCUGGAGUACAAUCUUGCUGGUUUGAACGCCAUAAGCUUUGAGAAAGGCUGCUACAUAGGCCAAGAACUCAUUGCUCGAUCCCAUCAUCGUGGUGUUAUCAGGAAGCGUUUGCUUCCACUCAGAUUCCUUGAUCAAUCUGGAAAAGAGGUAGUGCAGAAGGUUGCUCCGAGUUCAGAAGUAAUGGGCAUGAAAUCCGGGAAGAAAGUGGGAACGGUGACAACUGCUGUUGGGUCUCGUGGGCUUGGGCUAAUCAGGCUUGAGGAAGCUUUUAAAGGGUCAGGGAAUUUAGUGGUCAAAGGAGAAGAAGAAGAAGAUGUGAAGGUGGAGGUUGUGCGGCCUGAAUGGUGGCCAAGGGAGUGGUUUUUGGAGCAUCAGCAGGCUGCUCGUUAGAAUCUUUUUACCAUUUUGUUAAAAUUAGUUAAAAGCGUCUCCUUACAUGACAAACAAAAUAAGAGUUGUUAUGGUGGGUGGGUGGGUGGGUGUAUACCUGUUGUUUUGUGAAGUUUUGUUGUGUAUUUUAGAAGAUGAAUAAAAUUAAAGAUAAGCCCACUCUACAUCACAGAGGCUGUUGAUGUAUAUAAAACGAUCCCCAUUUUUGUGGCAUAGGGAAAAAAAGAAAAAACUUAAUAAUUCCCUCUAGUUUUGUUGCAUUUGGCCUAUUUACCUUUCAUAACUAUAGGGGAUAGGGAUAAUGCUCAAAGCUUGUAAAAAGACCUUAACUAUAUAGCCAUGUUAUGUUGGAAGAAGUCCAAGAAUGUA